CGGAGCCACUCAUUCUGGGAAUAGGUUUUCAGGUUGCAUCGGCUUCAACGGCUUCACUGCGGUGUCCUCGUUGUGUAAUAUAUUUCCCGAAUAGUUUUGCAAUAAUGCCCAAAAUGGCAGAUAACAGGACUCACUUGGUGCUGGAGAAUUACAUAGGAGGUAAAUUUGUGCCGUGCCCCAGGCACAUAGACUCCUAUGAUCCAUCUACGGGGGAGGUGUAUUGCAAAGUUCCGGACAGUGACGUGGAGGAGGUUGAGGCAGCAGUGAAGGCAGCCAAAGAAGCUUUCCCCGAAUGGUCAUCAAAAAGUCCAGCAGAGAGGGCGCAAGUCCUCCACAAGCUGGCCGACCUCAUCGACGGCCACCUGGAGGAGUUUGCUCAGGCAGAGUCCAAAGACCAAGGAAAAACCAUCACCUUUGCUCGUACUGUGGAUAUUCCCAGGUCAGCCUACAACUUCCGCUUCUUUGCAUCGUCCGUCCUGCACCACACUACCGACUGCAGUCAGAUGGACCACAUGGGCUGCGUGAACUACACUGUGCGCUCUCCUGUGGGAGUAGCUGGGCUGAUCAGCCCCUGGAACCUGCCACUCUAUCUCCUGACCUGGAAGAUUGCUCCAGCCAUCGCCACCGGCAACACGGUGGUGGCCAAGCCCAGUGAGAUGACCUCUGUCACUGCCUGGAUGAUGUGCAAGCUCCUGGAUGAAGCUGGUGUGCCUCCCGGUGUAGUGAACAUUGUGUUUGGGACGGGCCCACGGGCAGGGAACGCUCUGGUGUCCCACCCAGAGGUGCCCCUCAUUUCCUUCACGGGGAGCACAGCCACAGCCCAAGUCAUCACAGAGCGUAGCGCCCCCUACUGCAAGAAGCUGUCGUUGGAGCUGGGGGGCAAGAACCCUGCCAUCAUCUUCGGGGACGCCAACCUGGAGGAGUGUAUCGCCACGACGAUCCGCUCCAGCUUCUCCAACCAGGGUGAGAUUUGUCUGUGCACCAGCAGGAUUUUUGUGGAGAGGAGUAUCUUCCCAGAAUUCCUGCUGAGGUUUGUUGACGCUGCAAGGAAGUGGAAAACAGGGGUACCAUCUGAUGCCAACAGCAACAAUGGAGCACUUAUCAGCAAAGAGCACUUAGAGAAGGUCAGGGGCUACGUGAAGCUGGCCCGGGAGGAAGGUGGCAAGGUGCUUUGUGGGGAAGGGGUGGACAGCCUGGAGCUCCCAGAACGCAACAGGACCGGCUACUUCAUGCCCCCGACGGUGAUCAGCGAGGUCUCAGACAGCUCCCGCUGCAUGCAGGAGGAGAUCUUCGGCCCCGUCACCUGUGUGGUGCCUUUUGACGACGAGGACGAGGUCAUCCGCCGCGCCAACGGCGUCAAGUACGGCCUCUCCGCCACUGUGUGGUCCCGGGACGUGGGGCGCGUCCACAGGGUGGCACGCAAGCUGCAGGCUGGCCUGGUGUGGACCAACUGCUGGCUCAUCCGGGACCUCAACCUGCCCUUCGGGGGAAUGAAGUGCUCUGGCAUCGGGCGAGAGGGCGGGCGAGACUCGUACCACUUCUUCACCGAGGUCAAAACCAUCACCAUCAAGCACUGAGCAGCAACAGGGCAAAGUCCAAAAUCACAGUUUUUUUUAUUUUUAUGUACUUUAUAUGAUAGACAUGACAGUGGCUGCUUUGGCCUAAAUGUGACAUGUCUUUGAUCCAUUCUUGUUGAUUGUCCUGAUCAACACUAGUGGCUUAAGCAUUAAAUAAAUGCAUAUUGCCACUACGUCAUUAUCUGCUUCAACUUAAGGCAUAUUGUUGUGGGAGGGGGGCAGCCAUUUUUCACUGCACUAGACCCAUAAUGCAACACACUUUGACGUGUAGACAUUUGCAAAAUAAAAAGAGCACAAGCAAAGCUGAUUAAACUCAAAGUGUUCUACUUCUCAGUGGAACAUGUCACCCAAAAAACACCAAAGCACAGCCUAACUAUGAUAGGUAGCUUCUGUUUGUUUGACAGUAAUUUACAUUCCGUGGUCUCUAAAACGUUUGACAGUAUUGCUUCUGUUGCAAAAAGCCAUAUUGGUGUGUUUCUUAAAAUGACAGUGGGAGAAAACUUCCAGUAGAAAAUAUACAGGAAAAGUUUAGAAGUUUGUCUUCUCACUUUAUUCGUGUAUUGUAAAGACAGUCUAUUAAAACUUCAGGUCAUUACUGAAAUGGGUUCAUGAAGACUUAAAUAUUCACUUUCCCUGCUAGAUGUUCCUGUAAAAUUGUGACAUGUAGUAAGAACUAGAACUGAAAUUGCAAGGGAACAGGAGGGUGGUAUUUCAGGGUUCACAAAGUACACAUAAUAAAAACAAACACCCUUCAAUUGCCUUCAGAAAUAAAUCUCGAUCUGUGUAUAUCGAUUUUUAGUGCUGAUAUUUAGGGUGUUAAUGCUGAAUCAUUUUAACUGAUGUG